GUCGUUUAACUUUAAUUGAGGAAAAAAUGACUGGAAAAUAUAUAUUAUUUUUAUUAAUAAAAUUAUUAAUAAUGAAAAAUAUAAUUUUAUCAUCAGCAUCAAUAGUUCAAGAUACACUUGAUAUGCUUGAAAUUAUUGGUAAUAAAACAAUAAGUUCAAUAGUUUUAAAUAAUAUGACAAGUUUUCAUUCUAUAUGGUCAACAAUAAAUAAAUUUCAAUUAACACAAUACGAAACAAAUUAUAAUUUCGAAAUAAAUCAACAAGAAAAACCAUCAAUAGUCAGUAACUAUGAAAAAAAAUUAAAUGAUUAUUUUUCAAGAAUACAAUUUUUACGUGAUAGAACUGAAGAUUGGUCAACAUUAAUAAGAAGAAAUAAUACAUUAAUUCUUGGUGAUUCAACAACAGACAUAAUAUCAAAUGACGAUGAUUAUCCAAGAUCAGUAUUAACAAAAUUACAUAAUUUAUUUUUUGGAAGAAUAUCUGAAUUAAUUACUGGACAUGAUCAUAAUCAUUUAUUACAGUCAAUAAAUAAAUUUAAAUGUAAUAUGAAAACAUCAAAACAACAUCAAUUAUAUUCUUUGUAUAAUACAAUACUUUUCACUGAAGUACAAGCUUUUAGUGUACUAGCAUUUUCAUAUAUGUGGAGAUCAAUUAAUAUUCUUACUAAAUUUGAUUAUACAAAUGAAAUGGCAAUUGACAUGAGUGAUUCAAGAAAUAGAAUUAUUGAUUUCACAAGGUUAUUUAAAAAAGAAAUGAAAAUAGCUUCAAAUUUCAUUCGUCGUUGUGAUCCAUUGGAAGAUCAUAAAAAAGGUAAAACAUAUGAUGCAUUUGAUAAUCUCAUGUAUUCUUUUGUAACAAAUCAAAGAUAUUUGGAACCAUGGAAUAAUGUAAAUUGUAAAUCAAACUGUAAAGCUGUAACACCAUACAAACGAUUUUGUGAAUUACAUGGAGAAGAUUGUUCUGUUAAUCAUCAUUGGUAUGAUAAUACAUGUCCAGGUAAAAUUUAUGAUUGUGAAUAUGCAUCAUCUACAUUUGAAAUUUGUCGAAGAGAUCCAAUUGAUGAAUCAAGUACCAAACUUUAUAAUUGGUUUAAAAAUAAAAAUAAUGGAACUAUUUAUGGUGAUGCAACACGUAAAUGUGGUUCAACAGAAGAAAUUGAAGAAGAAAAUGUUUCCUGGUUACCUUGGUCAAAUACUUGUGAUGUUUGUUUAUGUAAAUGUCUUGAUAAUCGUAUUGAUACUAAUAGUAAUUCAAUAAGAGCUUUUAGUUUAUUACAGUCAAGAACAAGUGAUAACAUGGUUGCAACUGGUGCAAGACUUGUUACAAAAGAUCGAAUGGUACAUAUUCAACUUCGUGAAGCAAAACUUUUAUCUAAUGGAAAAAUUGAUAAAACAACAGAAAAAUGGAUACCACUUCCAACAUUUAAUUAUGAAAAUAAUUUUCCCAAUGAAGCAGUUUACUCAGAUGGACAAAUUCAUCCAUUAAAACGUGAUAGAGAUUUUGUCUUGUUAGGAAGAGAUAUUGAAGAUAAUAUAUGUUUUCAAAAAUUAGUUAUUGAUACUAAAUAUUUAUUGAUUGGUGCAAAUUUUGGCAUUGAUUAUUUUGAAAAAAAUCAAAAUCAAAGAAAAUUAUGUAUCAAACUUGAAGCAGAAUAUGUUCUUUAUAAUUUUCAUGGAGAAACCUUCCCAACAGAUACAAAAUAUCAUCUAAAUACAUUUUUUAUGCCAUUAACUAAAUUGGUUUUAGAUAAGCCUGAUAAUCCACUUAAAUUUAAAGAAAAUAUGAAAGAUUCUGAAGACAAUCAAUUUGUCACAAUCAGUGUAUCAGAUUUUGUUAAGGAUGCAUCACAAUCAACUAUUCCAUUCAUUGAUCUUUUAGAAGUUACAACAAAUCCAAGUGUACCACUUAAUGGAAUUGAAUUAUUUCAUAAAGGACAAAUUAAUGGUACAUCUGGUGGAUUUAUUUCUUUAAAAAUUCAUCCAAUUGAUUUUACAACUGAUAUGAAUAUAUAAUUAUUAUUUUGAUAAAUAUAAAAAUCACAAAUAUCAUCAAAUUAUAUACAUGAUAAUCUUUGUCGACAAAAAAUUAUUCACUUUAUUUUUUUUUCUUCAAAGUCUUGUUUUGUAUUUUAAGAAAAAAAAUCAUUUGUAAAAGAAAAUUUACAAUUACAACAAAUAAGUACGAUUACAAAAAAAUUACAUUAUUUUUUUUUUUUUAUUUCUAAGCCUUUGAGUGAAGGAGGCCAUAUAAUAUAGUCGAGAGAUUCCAGUAUCACAGAAUUUGCAACUCAUUUACUA